AUGCAAUACGAGGAUCCAAUUGAAGCUCGCAUGAACUCGUUUGCCGGCACUAUGGCAUGUGAGGGACUCCUCAAAAGCUGUGUGACCGGAUUUGGACAAAAAUACGCACUGUAUGGCACUCAAUCGAUGGAUCGAGAGGAUCCAGGAUAUGUGUUGUGGAUGGUUACUUCCAACUCACGGAACAUUGAAAUGCUUUCAGAGCCAAUGAAGUUGUCAACUAAGUCGAUGGAUCAAAUGCAGAUCUUGGCUCAAAUGAAUGCGUGUGAGAAACAUUUCGCCUCCUAUCCACCACCCGGAUUAUCUCAUCCUCCACCAUUUUGUGUGAUUCCAGUGAAUUCUGAGCUGAUCUCCUUCUCGUUAAUUGAUUUAUUCAAUGACACGGCAAGGCUUUUGCCUGGAGAUGAAGUCUUCAUAAACAACUACUUGACCGAUGGACGUAUUUGGCGUCAUUCUGGGAUCCACAUCGGUGGCGGGUUUUUCUGUCACUUUGUUCCAAGAAACGGUUUCAAUGAAACUGAUCUCAACAGCGGUAAAACAGUUCCCGGUGUGGUUAAAUGUGUGUCAACGCUAGGAUUUUACGAGGCUGUUCCAUCAGAGAUCCGUCGUCAAGCUUUCCGUGUCACUCAUCCCAUACUGGUUCGUGAGGGUUUGACGAUUGUCGCCCAAGCAAAGCAAUUUAUCGAUGGAAAGGUUUUCAAUGAUUACAACUAUGUGAAUCGCAACUGUCAACAUUUUUCAUCGUGUUGUUCAUACGACCGCGAGUUCAGCCACAAUACCGACAAGCUCUUCUCUUCCAACAACUAUGCCUCUUCGCAAAAAGUUGGCACAGUCACGCCAAUUGUUCCUCCGAGUUUUGUUGCAACUGAGGGCUGCCGAGGGAAUGUUGCCCCCAAGUAUAUUCCUACUUUUGAAAUGUCUGAUGCCGAAUAUUUUUCUCUG